AUGCCCAUCUGCGCAGACGCCAGCGUGGGCAGCCCGGACGGCGCCGUGCUGCACGCGGCCCUGCGGGUGGCGGCAGAGAAGGGGCUGACGCGGCCCGGGGAUCGCGUGGUGGUGUCCCAGUGCCCCCGCGUCACGCAGCUGUUUGGGGAUACCAUGCGGGAGGCCGGGGUGGUCAAGAUCCUGCAGCUGGCGGCGGACGGAAUCUCUACGGUCAGGGCGGCGGCCUGCGUGGACACGGCCGGCCACGUUGUGGAGACGCGGGAGGGCGAGCACAACUGA